GCCGUGGCGGGCUGCAGCACAGUCUGUUCUCUGAAUCGCGGCAGCAAUGUCUGGCAGAGGCAAAGGCGGCAAAGGCCUGGGCAAGGGCGGCGCCAAGCGCCACCGCAAGGUCCUGAGGGACAACAUCCAAGGCAUCACCAAGCCGGCCAUCCGGCGGCUGGCUCGGCGCGGCGGCGUCAAGCGCAUCUCCGGCCUCAUCUACGAGGAGACGCGUGGCGUGCUGAAGGUCUUCCUGGAGAACGUUAUCCGGGACGCCGUCACCUACACCGAGCACGCCAAGCGCAAGACCGUCACGGCCAUGGACGUGGUGUACGCGCUCAAGCGCCAGGGCCGCACCCUCUACGGCUUCGGAGGCUGAGCCGCCGCUGCAGUCCGCUUCCACCUCCCACCCCAAAGGCCCUUUUUAGGGCCGACCACGCGGUCUUCGGAAGAGCUGGGCGCUCGGGCGGAGAGUAAUGGCCGAGUCAGGCAGUUAGACUCGGGGGGUAGUUUUAGUAGGUACCGGGGUGGUCCUGGGGUGGGGUUUCCCCGGAGCAGCGAAAUUUCCAGUGCUCUAGUCGAUCCCGGGGGUGCCGGGCUUCGCGGGUUCCCGGGAUGUGUCGGGGGAGGUGGAGGCCAGUGAGUCGACACGAACAGUCCGAAUUUGAUCAGCACAGUGGCCAAGGCAGCCCUUGGUCUGCAGUUAGGCCGCGCCAAUUCUAUCGCUGGACCCCGCUUGACUUGGCUAACUUGCCCCCUUCGUUUUCUGUCACUGCCCAAGGAGUGAGUGAGCCAAAGCACCCUUAAGGGCCAUUUUGGCCGGUGGUUUCCGACCUGUAGUUGGUUGUUUGCAAUAAAGGUGAGAUUGUAAAAGCCAACGACAGUUAACUGUUUAAAGCCAAAUAAAAGGAUGAGACGUAAUUAGUUGAGGGAUGAACCCAGGGCCGGUUUUAAAAGUAAAUUGCUUCUAGCAAGUUUUCUGGCCAGUGCACGAGAAGUAUGGUAUUCUGUGAUAUGUGUUAAACAGUUCUCAACUUAGCAUUGCAAGGACACGGGUGGAGACAGGUUUUAAUGUGUCCCUAUAAACUUGAGCAAACUACAUAAUGUUAGCCUGCAGUGGAAGUAAAUCUUUUGCAAAAACAAGUAAUUCGGGCAGGUGAAUUUUACCUAUUAGGGCUUGCUUGCUUGCUAAGACACCUGCAGGAACAUACCCACCACGGGUACAGAAAGCUCAAUUUUGUUUUAAGAUUUUAUUAUUUAUUUGAAAGAGUUACAGAUACAGGUAGAGACAGAGGUCUUCCAUCCGCUGGUUCACUCCCCAGAAGGCUGCAAUGGCAGGAGCUGCGCUGAUCAGGAGCCAGGAGCUUCUUCCGGGUCUCCCACACAGGUGCAGGGGCCCCAAGAACUUGGGCCAUCUACUGCUUUCCCAGGCCAUAGCUGGGAGCUGGAUCGGAAGAGCAGCAGCCAGGACUAGAACCGGCACCCAUAAGGCCAGGGCUUUAACCCGCUGCGCCACAGCGCUGGCCCCUCAAUUUAGUUUUGACAAGGCAGAAGGAAAUGGUUCUGUAUCAGCAUGGCAGGCCGUUCUGUACACUGCCAUUCCUUCUAAACUGCUCUGGUUCAGGUUGAAAUGUGGUGGGUCCACACUUCUAAUCCUGAAGCUUAAUUAUGAUUUUGCCACUAUUUGCCUGUGAGAGUGGUUUGUUAUUUGGCAUCCAUGUGAGAAAUAAAUUGGAGGCUUCUGUGUGCAUGAUGUUUCUUUUUCCCUUUAAAAUCUGUAAUUUAUAGUGUCUAUUUAGCACCCUUUUGUUUUUUAACUUCAAGGCAAUGCAGAGUGAAUAUAUUUGAUCCUCAGAUGCUCUGAGAAAGGAUAUGAAGAUUGAAGAAAAAGGAUAGAGAAAGAGUGGAUGGAAAACACGUCAGUUGUCUUAGUGAUCUCAAAUCUAGCUGCAUAGGAAACCUGGGGACUUGUUAGAACCACAGUCUUGGGUCCCACCCCAGAUCUGGCGAAUGAGAAACUCUGGGGGGCUGCGAUGGAACAGUCUCCAGUCUCUUCUAGGUGAUUUUAAUGCACACUGAAGUGGUUUUUUGGUUUAAAGAUUUAUUUAAGAGAGAGAGGUCUGAAGUGUUUCACUCCCCAGAUGACCACAGCAGCAAGAACUGAGCCAGGUUGAAUCCAGGAACUUCUGAGUUUCCUACAUGGGUGCAGGGCCCCAAGCACUUGGGCCAUCUUCCACUGCUUUCCCAGGUCAUUGGCAGGAAGCUGGAUGGGAAGUAGAGUAGCUGGGACUCAAACCAGUGCCCAUAUGGAUGCUAGCCCACAGGCAGAGGCUUAACCUACUACACCACAGCAUCAGCCUGAAGCUUUUUUGUUUUAUCAUGAGCGGGUUACACAGGAUUACAGUUCUGGCCUUCUGAUGGGUUUUGUCCCCGUCCUUUGAUUGAUUGUCUCCCCAGUUGUGCUUAGAAGACUCUGCUUCCACUGGUUUCUCAGGUCUGCCUCUCGUGGAGCUGUCCUCCUGGCUGCUGGGGCCAGAGGUUUCUGACUCCAAUAAAUCUUGUUUUGCUCACUGCCUUGUCCCUGUGGAAAUUCUUCCAUGUGAGACAAGAACUGAAGUCACCUUUCUGCAUUGCCAUUUGACCAGAAACAAUUACAGAGUCCAGUGUGUGGAGCUACUUCCAUCACCAUGGCCACAGGGGCACUGGAGUGUCCCACUAUCAGACCUCCCUUUCCAGGCUCCCUGCUUGCCUGCGUGGUAGUGCUACACUCCUCCACAACCAGGUCAAUGCUCCUGAGCACCUUUGACCGUAUUCUAACUUUUCUUCCUUUGAAACCUUUCACUCUGAGCUUUAUGUAUGCCAUAUAUUUCUCUACUUGAGCCAAAAGGACUGUCAUUUGUGCAGCUAUUAGCAUAUAAAAAGUAUGAGUGAAUAAGAAUGUUGAAAUAUUAAGAAUGAUUUAUAUAUAUUUGUAGGUGUUGGUUUUUGUUAACAUUCAUGGAACAUUUCUGAAUUUUUAAAAUUUCUUUUAAAAAGCAUGAAUAUCAUUUUCCUCAAAACAGAGAAUCUGUGAUGUGAAUCACAGCAAAUCUCAGCCAAAGUUAGUUUCUCUUAUUUAGUUGUUACAGAGAAUCCUGCCUUUUCUUUUUUCCUUAAUAUUUGUUUAUUUUAUUCAAAAUCUGUUGGUUCACUCUCCAAAUGGCCACAAUGGCCAGAGCUGGACCAGGCCGAAGCCAGGAGCUUCAUGCAGGUCUCCUGUGUGGCUGCAGGGAGCCAGAGACUUGGGCCAUCUUCCACUGCUUUCCCAGGUGCAUUAGCAGGGAACUGGAUUGGAAGUGGAGCAGCUGGGACUCAAAACGGGCAUCCAUAUGGGAUGCUGGCCCUGCAGAUGACAGCUUUACCUGCUAUGCCACUGCAUCGGUCUUGAAUUCCUGCCUUUUUGAGGGGACUUUUUUAAGGAUCAAAUGAAAGGGCCAGAAGUGAUAAAGAAACCAGAAGUUAUAUAUUUAUUGCCUGUUUAACCCCAGCUAGUUCCCACAUGCCCUGUAAUCAUGGGAGGAUUACUGAAGGGAGGAGCAGCUAGAAUAUGGAGCAAGUAAGACUGAGCAUUAAGAUGAGGUUGCAACACGCCAGACUCUUCAGGACUGGACCAAAAAAACAAAGCCAUCCUAAAGAACCAAAUGGACUCCCCAACUGACUUGACUAUUAUUACUCAAGAAUAUUCAAAUCCCUGAAAACGCUAAAAGGUAAAUGGUAUCACUAUCAUGAAUGAGGAAGCUGCUGUUUAGGUGAUGGAAACAACAUGGCAUUCUCUGAUACACCGUGGUGCGUGCUCCUAAUUUUACCAAGACAUUUGUCUAAAAUAUCACACACUUUGCAAAUCAUGAAUAAUCUGAGGCUCUAUUAAUAUAUUUGUCAUUUAUUUAGUAGAACCAGAGAAUAUUAGUGCUAGAAAGCACCAAAAAACAAUCGUCUGGCCCAGUUUCCUUGUGUUUUUCUGCUGGCUUCAGGGUAGGACUCUUUCCUACUUUCCUGGGCCCAUCUGGUCCCUAGCGGGACCUCUCCACAGCCCUGGCCCCAGCGGCCUCCUCGGCAGCUUGCACUCCCGGGCUGCCCACUCCCACAGGCAGGGAGGCCCAGAGUCAGCCGGGGGGCCCCCCUCUGCCUCCGUGAUCCCUGCCUGCCCUGUCCCCCAUCCAGCUUCAGGCAAUUUUCUCUGUGCCCCGAAGUCAACACUUCCCCUCCAGUCCACAGCAGGCGGCGGGGGGUGUCCCCUGUGCUCAUCCUCAGCCCCUCUCCCCUGCCUCAUCCCUGCCUCAGGUGCUGCUCACUUCCCAUUGCUCUUGUCCCCUGCCCCCGGACUCACCUUCUUCAUGUGCAGCUCUGACUGUUACCUAUCUGCUCAAGGAACUGGCCUGGUUUUUUGCUUUCCUGGCUCUUUUUCAAGCUUCGGUCCCAAUCUUUUUCCACCCCUGUGGAAAACCACUCUACUGUGUUUCCAGCAUCUUGUUUAAAUGUAUGAUUGCCAAGUAUAUUAAUUUCCGUAAGAGCAUUGUUUUCUACUUCACUUCAU